AUGAGCUCACCCGACGAUAUCGAUACCGAAGAUCUCCUCGCCGCGCUGAGAGACAAAUGGGGCGAGGAGAAGAAGAACUGGCUGCCAUCUCAGAGUCUUAUGCGAUACAAGUCCUCGGCCGAAUGGCCGCCUUGUCUCAUCAAAGCCCUCUUCGACCUGGCUAUCCGUACUCGUACCGUCAAGGACCGCGACUUCGUUGUUGAGCAGCUGAAGGAAAUGACAUACGCGUCCCUACACCGCAACGAGACUCCUCAGAUUACUCUCAGGCCAUCAUUAACGCCGGAAGAAGAGGCGCACCAGCUCUCCCGGGAUGCACAGUCCAUACUCGCUAGCCUCAGGCGCCACUUCAAUGCUGUUGAUAAGCUGGUCAAGCAUUGGGGCGAAGGUGUCGAGUCCGGCUUGCCGUACAGUGCCACUCUCGACAGCUCUGCUCUAGGCUGGGAUGUCAAGCUACUCCGCCGCAUGGCCAAAUUCGCAGCCGCCUAUCCCAACGCAAGCCGGGUCAUGAAGGAAUUCUUUGUCGUGGGAGCGAUCAAGGACCGAGAGGAGAGGAAUGGCGACGCAUCUCGCAAAGUCACCCUCGCUGAUUUCAAACACGCACAAGCACACUUUAAAAAGUCAAAGCGGAACGGGGAUCUCAAAGAUCUGGAAGACGCCAUGGCCGAGCUCGAUGAGGAGGAAGCGAUGAAAAAAGAGAAAGAAGAGAGGUUGAAGAUGAACAAAGAGAGAUUUAGGACGCUCGUGGGCCUUCCAGAGCGGUACGUCGCAGAUCUUCUAGCAGUCCCUUGGGAUGAGAGCAAAGAGGACAGUCUACUACAGCGCUUUCUCAAAUGGUCUAUGGAAUACGAAGCCCAGCUGAGGGGCGAAGACGCUGCAAGAACGGCCAGUAGGAGAGCCAGACGCAAUCGCGCGAUGUACGAGGACGUCAGAACUUCUGAUGCUGGACAGAACGAGACUUCGGAAUCCACAGCAGGUGGGAGCAGGGACAGGAGUGUUGUUCGCCACACACCAGCAGCUCGUCCUCAGGAUAAGAGGGUAACAACAAGCACACGUUAG